CUCUUUUCAGUGGUGACGCUGGCGACUCCAUAGCGGAGUCUUUCGUUCGCAGUGCGCUGAACCAGGGUACCUAUGUAGUCAUUGUGGUUUUGAUCAGGGCAAUAUGUAGGCUCUUUCCCCCUCUUCUGUCUCUCUCUUUUCUUUUUUCCUUCCCCCAAGAUUCUCUUGUUAAUCUUCCUCCGGAUUGUCCGGAGUCUUCUUGUUUGUACCCCAUUCACAUUAACGGUGGAGAAUACAAUACAGGGCAUGGGCAGAUCAACCCGCAUGCUCUUGAUAUUGCCCAUUUAACCGUUAUCAUUGAUCACGCUCCUUAUCUUUCAAAAAGUCGCUCCUUUAAACAUAUCCCUCCAAAAGAAAAAGAAAAUGCCUUCCCUCAACUACAGAGGGGCCGAGAUGGUCGCCAUCGUCACGGUCCUGGUCGGCAUCUCGUUCCUCGCAGUCCUCCUGCGAGUGUACGCCCGGUUCAAGCGUCAGGUCCGAUUCGGGAUUGACGAUUAUCUGUGUUUCGUUUCGAUGGGCCUCCUGUUUGCCAUGUUGAUCGAGUUAGGUUUAUGGUGCACAAUCGGUGGCGACGGCAAACACCAAGCCGACCUCGACAUGACAACCAUGCUCAACUUCGGCAAGAUCUUCCUCGCAAACCAAUUCACCUACUUCCUCCUCUGCCCCGCCAUCAAAACCUCCAUCAUCUGCUUCUACCGCCGCGUCUUCACAACCCCCAAAUUCCAACACAUGACCUUCGCCCUCAACACCCUCAUCGUCACCUGGGCCGCGGGCAUCAUCAUCGCCUGUGGCCUGCAGUGCCGCCCUAUCAAAUCCUUCUGGGACCCCCGCGUCGACGGCAAAUGUUUCGACCAGAACGAGUUCCUCGUCGUGAACCAGGUCUUCAACGUCGUUAUCGAUUUUGUGAUUCUUGCGCUGCCCGUGCCGAUGAUUUGGAAUUUGCAGCGUGCGUGGCAGGAUAAGCUUGCGCUGAAUGGUGUCUUUGCGUUGGGUAUCUUCGUUUGCUUUGCGAGUAUCUAUCGUAUCGUCGUGCUGUUUUGGAUUAAUCCCGCCGAUACCACGUAUACCGUGUACCAAGCGACAUUGUGGACGCAUAUCGAGCCAUCCAUUGGUCUGAUCUGUUCCUGUUUGCCGAUUAUCCGUGGCCUGUUCCCAAAACUUAGGUUCCCCGGCGGCUCGUCGAAGCAGAAGUAUGGAUAUGGUACGGCACCGUACUAUCUGUCCACCAGUGCGUCGCAUUUUGCGACUUCCACGGGUCCCAGAUCGCCGGGUAUCGAUUACUAUAUCAAGAUGGAGGAGGGUAUUCUUUCGCGGCCUGAGACACGGAAGGAGACUGAGACUAUUGCUUACCCUGCUGAUUCGAAACUCGAUCUUUCUAGCCCUGGUGGAAUCGCUGUUCGAACGGAAAUCGAUGUUACCCAGGAUGCGGCCUCGGCCAAGUCUAUCCGAUAG